AUGUCUACUAAUAACAGGAAAAAAUUGCUACUUAUGGGCCGCUCUGGUUCCGGUAAGUCCUCUAUGAGGUCCAUUAUCUUUAGCAACUACUCAGCUUUCGACACUAGACGUCUGGGGGCCACUAUAGAUGUCGAACAUUCGCACCGUCGGUUUUUGGGCAAUAUGACAUUAAACUUGUGGGAUUGUGGUGGACAAGAUGUGUUUAUGGAAAACUACUUCACUAAGCAAAAGGACCAUAUCUUUCAAAUGGUUCAAGUGCUAAUCCACGUCUUCGAUGUCGAGUCACAGGAAGUCAUGAAAGAUAUCGAGAUCUUUACAAGGGCGUUGAAACAAUUAAAAAAUUAUUCCCCAGAUGCCAAGAUUUUUGUUCUAUUGCAUAAGAUGGAUUUAGUUCAAUUAGAUAAGCGGGAAGAACUAUUCCAAUUAAUGAUGAAAAAAUUACAAGAAACUUCUUCAGAAUAUGGGUUCCCUGAACUUGUAGGAUUCCCAACAUCUAUUUGGGAUGAAAGUUUAUACAAGGCAUGGUCACAAAUCGUGUGUUCGCUCAUUCCAAAUAUGGCAAUAUACCAGGCCAACUUGAAAGAGUUGCAAUCCGUCAUGGACGCAUGUGAGAUCAUACUAUUUGAGAGGAGUACUUUUCUAGUCAUAAGUUCCAGUAAUGCGACAAAUGGAGAAUCCCUGGAUCCAAAGCGAUUCGAAAAGAUAUCAAAUAUUAUGAAGAAUUUCAAGCAAAGUUGUACCAAAUUGAAGAGCGGUUUCAAAACACUGGUUAUAAAUGAUAACAUCUACGUGAGUGAAUUAUCAUCAAAUAUGGUUUGUUUCAUAGUACUCAACAACUCAGACGAUUGUCAACAGAUGGUCUUGGAAAACAUCAAGAAGGCCAAACAAUUUUUCCAGUGA